ACUGUAUUUCCAAGUUAUAUCUCCGUCUGUCGCGCGCUGCGUCCCGAGGGCCCGGUGACCAAAAGAAAAAACGGGCCACGAGAAAGAAGCAGAAGUCUGUUGAGCAUUAACAAAUUUAAAGCUGCAAAACAAUGGAUUACUGACAACUAAGAAACGCUGACCUACCUGUUCUCCGGAGCGGAAUCGCAUCACUUUUUCAUUUUUACGCAUUUUAGACUCCGUGCGACAAGGAGAACCCUUUCUGCUUGGAUUUUCUUCCCGAUACGUGCCAACUUUUAGGAGGACUUUAUAUGUAUUUUUGUUAUUCUGAAAACUUCGGUCACAGAUAAAAUAUUCUCUUCUGAAGACUUUUGUUUGGGAUGUUGAGUUCUGUGAAGAUGGAAGAGUGGAAUACUUACUACACAGCCAGCGAGGCCAGCGAGAUGUACUCAUCUCCUACAACCAUGAACUCUGGUCUGGGCUCCAUGAGCUCUAUGAGCACCAUCAAUAACUACAUCAACUUGAACCCAGCCACUGUCUCGCCUGCUGGUAUGAACAUGUCAUAUCACCCGCCCACCACCAGCAUCAGCAGUUCACCACUGGCCUCAAUGGGCUCCGUUCCCGGCCACAUGUCCCUCUCCCCAGUGGCCCCGUCCCUCACCUCAGGCUCACUAACUCAGCUGGGCCCUGCUGCUCCAGGCUCCCUGAGUUCUUUGUCCCACUACCAGGACAUUAGCCCAUCCAUGAGUCAGCUGGGAUACACCUCUCCUGCAACUCUGAACCGAGCAGGGGCAAAGGAGAUUAACCCAAAGCCCUUCCGACGGCCAAUGACCCAUGCCAAGCCACCAUACUCCUACAUCUCCCUCAUCACCAUGGCCAUCCAGCAGAGUGGCAGCAAGAUGUUAACCCUGAACGAGAUUUACCAAUGGAUCAUGAACUUGUUCCCCUACUACCGUGAGAACCAGCAGCGCUGGCAGAACUCCAUCCGCCAUUCCCUCUCCUUCAACGACUGCUUUGUGAAGGUGGCUCGCUCACCCGACAAGCCGGGCAAAGGCUCUUAUUGGACUCUCCACCCACAGUCCGGCAACAUGUUUGAGAACGGCUGCUACCUGAGGCGCCAGAAACGAUUCAAGAUUGAGGACAAGUCAGCAAAAAAGGCAGCCAAGAACCAGGACAUGGGCUCAGGAAAAGUAGUUCACAGUGUCGAUCUCUUGGUGGAGGAUCGCAGCCCUGGAGGUGGAUCAGAGGGAGCAGACUCCACCCACUCGGAUAACUCCCACCCGGGAUCUUCAGAUGACCAGCCUCAUUCCCGAAACUCGAUGGUUUCAUUGGAAUGUCCACCAUUGUCCUCCUCACACCUCCACAACCCACCUGUCUCCCUGCCACCCUCCUCCACCCCCUCAUCUUCCAUCUCUCCAUCCUCCAUGCCCCUCACUGGCACCUCUUCCUCCAACCCACUCCUCCACUCCCAGACUCUACCUAGUAGCUCCCACCUCCUGCCGAGUGUCAUGCAGCAACACAUGGACAUACAAAGCGACCCCCUCAAGUCUUUAGACCCCCACUACAACUUCAACCAUCCAUUCUCCAUCACCAACCUCAUGUCCAACGAGCAAAAGAUGGACCUCAAAUCCUACCAGGACCAGCUGAUGACCUACAACACCUACACUGGGACCUCUCCUGUAGCAGCGAAGCAGAUCUACGACAGCCCGGGGCCGACCACAAUGGACUCGGGCGCUUACUACCAAACUCUGUACAGCCGCUCAGUACUCAAUGCCUCCUAAUAUGGACUUUUAGCGACUCCCACACACACACACACAAACCUGCUCAUGGAGGAAAGCCAAGAUGGAGACUUCUGUGUCUCCCUGCAUCUGUUAAAAUGGACUCCAAUGCUUUUGCCAUCUUCCUCUUUCAUUCUCUCUGCGUCUCUGGACUUCAAAACUCACAUCCAAAAUAAAAUGGCUGCCAUGUUUAGAGGGACAAAAGAACACACUUUUUCUUUUUACCAUCUCUGUCAAACAAGGAGACAAACUGGUUACACGGAGGACAGAAAAGUGAAGCUGGACAAUAGGAGGUCUUAAAUGAUAGUGAAGUCAUUUAAUUUGUCUGUGUGUAAGUUAAAGUCCAAUCCUGAGAAUUGUGUGUGGCAAAAAUAGCCUUGUAUAAAAUGUAAAUAGAGGUAAUGAGGAGGGGAAAGGAUAUUUGCAUUUAUUUAUGAAGGGAGAAAUUUUAAUAUAACUUGUAUUGUGCUCUGUCGACCAGUUACAACCGCAAUGUGAGGUUUUGUUUUUUAUCCAGAGGAAAGUUUCAGGUUACUGCUUCAGGCAGGUGUUACUGCAACUGGAGACAUUUAAAUUCAUUUCUUUGUGAGUGUGUUACAACAUUGGUCAUUUUUUUGUUUUCACACCCUGAUCUGUCGUGUUUUUGUCAGAUCGGGCGUCUGUCAAUUUAAACGUGUAGCUCAUGAACUCUGUGCUUUCAAAAAAACGCGUCGUCUUUUUGGUUAAUAUGAAGAAAAAAUACAUUGUGUUCCUGCUGAGGUUUAGAGUAAAACAAAGUAACAAAAAAAAAGAGAAAAAUCUGUAGUGAGAAGGAAAGAUGCAAAGCAACUGUGGUAAAAAAAAAAAAAAAUGUGAUGUGUUUCAGAUGACCAGAAAAUAGUUCCUUUUAUUACUGCGUGAAGCAUUUUAACUGCAUGCCUUUCCAGAGACUGUAACAUUUCGAAUAACAGUUAACUGGUGAGGUGCAUGGAGGAGUUCUGUCAGUUACUAACAGUGGGGGGAGGAGAGAUGCACUACUGGAGGAUUUACAUACAGUACUUUGCACUAUAGAGCUCUCAAUGGCCAGGUGGGCUGAUAGUGUGUGUGUGUGUUACAACAAUACGUAGGAAUGUCCUCCUUAAACUGUCAACGGAUCAGCUAAGUAGUAACCAUGUAAAAGUGGGUCAAAAGACCGCCCCCAUGUCUGAAAAGUGCCUUUUCUUCAAAUGACUGCUGAUGUGAAGAGAUCAAUGUAUGGAUGAUCUUGUGAAGGAUGAUAAGCAGCAGAGGAUGCAGAAGUUUCAGGUCACGCGAUGUCCUCUGUGGAACAUGUUUUAGUUUCAAUACCAAAUGUCCUUUAUUUAAAAUAUGUUGCUUUUCCAACUUUGAAAGUGUGCUGAUAUAAUAUAUUGUUUGUGUUUUCUUUUCUUUCGGUUUAAGUGUGAUCACACUGAUUCAUGUUUCUUUUUUCUUAUUAAAGAGGGUACAAAUGGUG